AUGGGUGCCAGUAAAUCUAAAGAGGGCAAAGUAUUAAGCAAACCUGGAGAGGGUGGUGCCUCAGCAGCUGCUUCUAAUCCUGCCAAAGGUGUGGUUAUUCCAGAAGAUACUGUACCUUAUCCAGGAUUACAAGUUCAGUAUCACUUGAUAAAUGUACAGGUGUGAUUUUUGUUCCAUAGAGUGGGUAACAUUAUUCACUGUGACUAUAUACCCUUACCAAAUCUACGUAUAUGCGACAUACGUUUCACUGGUCAACAUAUAUUUGACAUACCGUAAAAUUCCAAAAAUAACCCCUGGGGCUGAUAUUUUUCAAAGGCCCUUUUUGAGGGGCUUAUUUUUGGAGGGGCUUAUCUAUGGAGGGAAAUUUGCAGUUACAAAUCGAUUGGGCUAGCGUUAUAGUUGGAAGUAAAUUUACUGUUUUUGUGUUGCUUUACUUUGUAUUUGAGGGCAGUUUUCCUGGUACAUUAUAUUUGGAGGGGCAAUUUAACAGAGGGUUUUUUGCGUCACCGGUUUGGGGGGCUAAUAUUUGGAGGGGCUUAUUUUUGGAAUUUUACAGUAUAUGUAAAUCCACGAGGGUGAGUGAGAACAUAUAUGUAACAUUUAUGUAACUUUUUACAUGUAUGUGACAUGUUUAUUAAUCCACAAGGUUGAAUGAGAACAUAUGUGACAUAUAUGUAACUUUUAACAUACACGUAUAUGUGACAUGUAAGUAACUCUGCAACGACUGAUGGGAACAUAUAUGUCUAGGGUCAUGCUACUCUUUGCAGUCCUUAGAAAAGGCCUGCAAUUUUCUAGAGAAAUUGCUUGAAAACUCCUGGCACAACGCCACAUUUUCUGGUUGAAGACUUAAUUGUGAGCUUAAUUGUGCGACAGCACUUUCCACUUUUAUACAAGUUAUUCAUGGAGAGAAUGAUGGCAGCUGGCUGAGUGGGUUGAGGGAGGAAAAGCUGAUAAUAAUACUUUACUGAAUAUAUAUAUAAUAAUAUAUAUUACUAUUGAGUACACUAUAUGGCAUGCCUCUCACAAAAUUGAUUUUCCUUUUAUUUAUGAUAAUUUAUGAUACAGGUUACCAUGCAUUCCAACAUAGGCUUUAACUUUGCACCAGGAACCACCAUGGUCAGUACCAAUAUUGAUUCAUAUUACCCAACACUGGCACAAGCAUACAGUGAAGGAUACAGACUGACCACAUUUUAUAGGAUCCCAGGGGCAGCAAAACAGCAGGGCUUUAUGUCUACAGCAGUUAAUAUUCCAUUUCAAGGUAUUUUUACCAAGUGAGUAUACACAGACUGUAGUAGUUCAUUCAGGGCUGCUGAAAUUAUGCAAAAUUAUGAUGGAAUUUCACACAACAUCUUAUAUAUUACAACUGAUCACACAGUCUAUGAGAAAUCUUACUGAUGGAAAAUGCAAAUUUAGACAAAGUAACAUUAGCUGCUGAAAACAGUAAUGUCCAGGCUAUUUAACUUUCAUUGGAAACAUCUGAGUGAGUGGUGCCUGUGAAAUCUUUGUGACAGCAAGUUUUGUUUGUGAAAUCUUCUCUUGACUCAGGGAAAGCAUUUGUUCAAAUGGGGUCAUGUAUCCAAUGAACGGGUAACGAAGCCAUUCAAACUGGCUCACGUUUCCAGCAAAUGGGUGACCAAGCUGUUGGAACCGCUGACAAACAGCUUGUAAACGAAAAGCCGUUAGUGUGCAUUUUCGCGUGAGAGGUCACAAUUUUCUGCAUAACAGAUCUUUUCUGGCUUGAAAUGUGACCUUCUGGAUUCUUAUUUUCUUAGAUUCACACCCUUUAAGAUAGACCUUUUCAGACAGUUUUACAUGACAUGGUUCGUUGGUAUGGUAGUAUUUUGUUGAUUUAACAAAUACUUAAAGUACAUGUACAUUGUAGUGUUCAUUAUUAUUAUUUUUGGUAGUGUUCCACAAAGUUAAUUCUGGUAGAUGAAUGCAUGCAUCUUAUUAUAUGGAUGAGUCCGUGAGUGGGCAAGGUGAAGCAAAUCCUGCAUUCUGAUUGGCUACCCCAGUGGGCAAGAUGAGCGUCAUUUGUUUUUGCAAUUUUAUUGAAUGCGACUUGUCUCAGUCAAAAAAAAAAACACAAAAAAGAACUUCGCCAAUUUUCAGCCAUCUUGACUUCACCCUUGGGCAAACGCAUACUAUUUGUUACCUUCUUUUUAAACUGUUGACAGAUCUGUAGUGUAUAUUUAUUCUUUAUAUCUGAAUUGUCUUCUUAGAUUUCCUGCAGCUCCUCCAAGUGGUGAGAACUGGCAGUUGAAAGUGGACAAGUCCAUUAUGUUUGUACAACACAUCAGACAAGGAAUUCUCUCAGCAUCUUCCAUGUCACAAGCAGAUACCAGUGACCUGUUGAAUAAAAUCAUGCAGGUUGGUUUAUUAUUAUUAUUAUUAUUAGUAGUAGUAGUAUUAAAUCCACAACUAGGUUUCUUGGUCUAUCCUCUUAUUAAACAUAGAAAUAAUGUUAAAUGCUCCAAACUCAAGUGGAACCACAAGCCAUAUUAAUGCACACUGUAGGCAAAUCGUCUCUCUGCAAUUUAAAUGAACAGUUAUUUAGACGUAAUUUCAAUGGUUAAAGUGUAUAUACACUGUAGACCAUAGAAUUUUUUUUGUUUUGGUUUCUUUUUUUGUGUUCAUUUCUGUUGAAGGUUUUCCUCGCAAAAGCGUGAACAAGAAAAGGAGAAAAACAAAUUUAUUGUGCCACCACCAUCACAUAAAUCAUAGCUCUUGACCAAUCAGUACAUGAGAAAUAGCUCAGUUAGUGAACUCCGGUGUAUCUAUUUUUUGAGAACGCGCGAAAAAACAUUUUAAAGUCAAAUCUCGUACUCGAAGUCUUUCUCGUCCUCGAAUCUAAAGCCAGGGGUGGAUCCAGGAUUUUUUUUAGGGGGGGUGCACUCGUCUCUUGCUCUACUGCAACACCAAUAAUUCACUUUUUCUUUUUUUGCAGAAUACCAGUUGCAUUAGAAAACCGCAGGUCAUAUCAGGGGAGGGGGGGUUGUGCACCCCCUGCACCCUCCCCCUAGAUCCGCCCCAGAAAGCUCUCUAUUAAGAAAAUCUCAUACUCAUAGUUGUUUCGUCGUAGAAUCUAGAGGUCUCUAUUAUUUGCAUUGAUUUGAUCAUUCCAGCACACGGCUAGUGGCGGUCAGUUGGUAUGUGUAGAAAUGACAGGUCAAGCAUUGUCACAAGGAAUGUCUGCAGCUUGGACAGGAAUGUCUGCAGGUAAGACACUGUUGAGCACUUUAGUUCAGCUGAGAUCUUAUCCUCAUGGUUUGAAAGGGGAAAGGGUAUUUAAGAUGGCUCGAUAGGUUCCAAAACCUGGCAAGUUUGAGCAUUAACUGCGUCGCUACAAACAAAGAUUUGCAAACAUGACCACCACAGCUGUAUUCGUUCUUUAUGAAAAUUUGUUACACGAUCAUUUUUACAGUGACAGCAAAGUUGUCAUAGCAGCGAAAUGACGUCAUUAUCUAUUUUUUCAUGCAGCCGUAUUUCUCGGCACUGGGAGGUUUUUCCACGAUCGUUCACGGCAGUUUUUUCCUCCAAUAACUACCACGAUGUUUAUUCUAAUGGACUUUGCUCAACCCUCACAAACAUUGAGGUAGCCUGUUGCCGCAGACGUAAUUUAAUCUCGGUUAAGGCUGGUUUUCACUAGCGACGGAGUCGGAGUCGGAGUCGGAGUCAAAAUCAGAAGCUUAGAGCUUAUGAACUAGUGAAAACAGCAUUCUGAUUCCGCUUACGACUCCGUCGCUUACGUCCCUCUUAUGAUCUAGUGAAAACUAAUUGUCGGAGUCGGAAGAAGAAGCGGAAGGAUAAACCAAACACCAAGCGUGGGAACAAGCAUUGUGAUUGGUUCAUCCUUCCGCUACUGCCUCCGACUCCGACAAUCUGGUUUUCCCUAGAUCAUAAGCGGAACGUAAGCGACGGAGUCGUAAGCGGAGUCGGAAGAAAAAGAAACGUUCUAAUUCUUCGGACUCUGAUUCCUUCGCGCUUAUGACUCCGCUUACGACUCCGAUUGUUUAUUUUCAGUAGGUCAUAAGCGCUCUAACGGCUUCGCUUACGAAUCCGACUCCGACUCCGACUCCGUUGCCGGUGAAAACCAACCUUUUGUAACGUCUGGGAAGCAGCAUCGAGUUCUGGGCUCCGAACUGAUACUCAAAGAAGUACAGGAAAUGCGCUUCGAUUUCUUUUCAUCCUGAUUGGUUAAUCGGCAUUGGCCUUUUUAGCAGGCCAAUCAUGGCACAUAGUCAAAUCCUGCCACACAGGUUAGGACACAGAACAAGGUUUUCGCCGCUGUUUCGCUGACCGACUUAACCAGCGUUAAGGCUAGUCAUCAUUGAGCGCACUCCAGUAACAGCUCAGAGCAAAGAUUAAUGUUAAGAUGUUCUUUUCUUUUUUAUCUUGUUAGGCAUGGGAGUUGAUUUAUUUUUUGACAUACCAACUCACCCAAAUCCUCGUCGCUAUGUUUACCAAGCUGUCAAUGUGCCUAUCAACGUAUCCGUCUCACCCGGAUUCCCAGCGGGGAAAAUCCAGGUUUAUUGUGAUUGGCUAGGACAGAUGGCGGCAUUUCUUCAACAAGGCUGGCGAUUGGUUGAAAUUUUCUUGGAUCAAUCCGGUGCUACUCAAGCCCAUGGCUUUUCUGCAACUCAGGCGCUCAAUUCUGUGUGGUUCUUCGAGAAAGAGGCUAGUCGAAUCAAUGAUCCCCGCCCUGUUUAUGAAGGUACAGUGAUAGAGUAUGAACACAGGAUUGAAGCUGGUUUUGCCCAAUUACAUGCGACUCCCCAGUGGGAUUCAGUCCUCUUUGAGAUGGGAAAGCGUGGAUGGGAACUUGCUUGUAUCCUGGAAACACCAGAAGUCAGGAUGACAGGAUUUGCAAAAAUGAAAAUGAAACUUUUAAUGUUUUUUCAAAGAAAAAUACCAGGGAUGUAA